AAUGCAAACAUUAGAUAAAUGGAUGAUUGUAAAAUCUAUAACUAAAAAGAAUAUAGUCUAAGCUCCACGUCGAAUUAAUGCAUGCAUACCAUAAAUCAUAUUAUAAAAAAAAGAGUCAGCUGUGUACAAAAAUUAAUAUAAUUACACUGCAAUAAGAUUCCAAAGAAGAACAUAUUUAAGUUUCAAAAGUUGGUCAAGCCGAUUGUUGUCUAAGAAAUUCUAUCAACUCAAAAGUUUUAAUAAAAAUGAAACUUUUUUGGUUUUUAAUAACAUUUGUCCUAGUAAACGUUUCGGCAAAUGAUGAAACUAUAUACAAGAAGGAAGUUUUUCUUACAAAUGCAGCCAUCGAGCUUGCGUAUGCCAAGAAUGAUUUAAUUGUAGGGGAUAACUCUGCAACAAAUGCAUUGGAGCAUGUAAUUGAAAAAAUUGUCAAUAAUACUUCAUCAUUUCAAAUUCCAGAUUUUUACCAUAAUUUCGCCAAAAUUAAUGUAAUGAUUGCUGUACCGGACAAAACGGAUAUUGUCGGCGAUUUAUUGUCGGAACCUUCACAGUAUGAUCACCUAUUAGAUAAAUGCAGUUUUUACCAGUUCAAUAUGCAACAAGAAAUAAGACAGAUAUUAAACCUUGUUAUUCUUGAAGGUGCGACUGACCAAGAUUUUAGAAGCUUAGAUUUGACAACCCUUGCAGAACAGAGAAGAAGUCUUGUUAAACCAGCGUUAAAAAAUAUAAUCAGACGUAAAUUAGCCGAUGAUGUCCAAGAAUUCAGGGGCUUAAAUUGGACAGCACUUGCAGAAAGGAGAAGAGUUACUGGAACAUCAUUAGGAAAUAUAAUUAGACGGCGUGUGUCAGAUGUAUCCGAACUCGAAGACUCUUUAUUACUGAUGUGUCGUUUGUUAGGAGUAUACAUGAGUACAACAUGUCCAACAUCAUACGUAAAAAAGCUUCUGUUUGACUUCAUUAAUCUUACUUGUACCCUGGAUGAUGGGAGUACACAAAAAAAAAUGUACAAAAAAAUUGAUGGUUUAUGGUGGCAAAUAAACCCAGUUAAUAACAGUACAGUACAGCUACUUGAGGAGCAGUUAUUAUAAUUCAGACCAGGAAUUACUUGUAAAAUUACAUAAUACUAUUGUUGUUUGAUUGUUAUAAUAUUUUUUUUUUGCACUAAUAUCAUUAUUCAUAUUGCACUUAUAGCUGUCAAUUAAAUUAAUGUAUUUCAUAAUAACAUUGUUUUACUCACAAUUAUAAUCACAUUUGUAAAUUAAAAUAGGUACCUAAUAAUUAUUUUAACUAUAUUAAACCGAGUAAAAUUCAGAAUUUGACUAUGUAAUUGUAAAAAUUCAAAAUUGCGCUCAACUACUUUCCUAAAGUAACUAUUUUGAGAUACACGCUGGCCUGGAAUAGUAAGCUGGAACACCGUAUCUAGUCUGUAAACACUGUAUAAGAAACGUUAGGAA